CUCUCGCCCAAUCGCUGCAAAAACUAACCAAACUUUCUUUUUAGGACUCGUCCACCGCAGAACUAAGUUGGAUUCUCUGCUCUCCAUACUUUCUUUCCCUUCCCCUCUUCUCCCUUGUAUGGGAACACGGUCUCCAUCUCUAACGAGUCUUCGCAAGCUCGCUCGCGUCGCAUCGGAGAGACCAAAAGCAGCGAUGUUCGCCCAGGCGAACCCCUCACUGAAAUUGCAGGCGUCUUCUCGGGAGGAAGCUGCUGCGCCAAUUUCCGGCGACGUUGACGGUGCGAGACGGUUGAUGGAAGGCACUCCAGGGGAACGCGUGCCACUUUCUGACGUGGUAGCGGACUGCGUGCGGCGUUGGUUCAAGGAUGCUCUUGCGGAGGCCAAGGCUGGCGACUACGCGAUGCAGGUCCUCGUCAGUCAGAUGUACCAGAGCGGCUAUGGCGUUCCUCGGAAUGAGAAAAGGGCAAAAACAUGGUUUUGUAAAGCUUCAAGGUACCGUUCUUCAGUUUCGAAUGUCAGAAACAAACAUCCAGGUUAUAAUGCUAGUGAUUCAGAUUCUGACGAGGUAAAGAAUGACGUGAGUUGACAAUCAAGUUUGAUUUUAUCUAUGGACCAUUUGUGCCUCCUUUGUUCUAUGCGAUUCUUGACAUCCAUGAUAGAAGUUCGUACAGCCCAGGAUCAAACCUCAUCAGGCAAACUUUUUCACCUCAAUGAUUUGGUGAUCAGUGUUCAAUGAUAUUUUCCUUUCUUCUGAACCAAGUCUUCUUUCCAAAGUUAUUAAUAUUCCACAUUUACAACUGUUAUUACCGACUUUAUAUUUUACUAUGGAAUUUUUUUCAAUACUAAUUAAAAUUUAAUUGUGAUGCA